UCUAACAAAAUUUUACUGAAACACAUCCGACUCUCCAGAUUUGGCUGUAAAAAAAAAAAAUUAUCGUCAUUAUUUUUACACCGAAAAUUUCAAUAAAUAAACUUGAAGUAUAAUUACUUGAAGUAAAUAAAAUACAAUGGCGCUUCGUCUUAUGACUGUAGCUUUCCGAAGACGUGCUCCCCUACUAGCUGUGCCAAGGGCAAUGAUAGCACGGCCGCCAAUGGUCCGGACCUAUUUUGUUAGAAAGAAUCUUACGCCGUUCUUUGACAGGCCGUCUAUAAUUUUCUCGAAAGACGCGGUCAUGCAUCACUGGGGGGCAAUCCCCAUUAUUGUGAUAACGAUCAUAGGCACCAUCGCUGAAAUAGUAGCCUGGAUAGUGAUCGCUUGUACCCGACCCGAUGUCUACUAUACGAAAAAUGCAGCCCGCAUGGAUCACCUAGAGACACGAACCGGAGUUUGGUAUCAUCCACCAGCCCCGGGCAAAUGGAGAACCAUAAACCAGAAAUGGGAUAUGCCGCGCGGGGUGAUCUUGGGUAGACAAGGCGAUACCGCAGGACCUUCAUUUCCAGAAAAGUCAGACAAAGAUAAAAAAUCUUCAGAUGGGCCGGCGAGCGCUGCAUUGGUUGCAGGACAUGUGGCGGCCUCGGCUGUCGCUUUGGGCUUGGCUGCAGCAUUAGCAUAGAGCACGUUGUUUUCGGAAGCUAGUUUCCAAUAUUAGCAAUUAGAUAGUAUUACCCAAAGGACACCCUUCUUUUUAUCCUAUCACCCACAGUUCAGAAGGAUGGCAAGAAAUAGUAACACAAUCCAGAAAGAGCUAGAAAAUUUUAAAAAUCGAAUAAUGAAUUUGUACCUCACGGAUGCCUGGAUAUGAGAAUUGGAUUCCUAACAACCAAAGUGCCGGAAGAAAACAAUUUUCACCGAUUAUACCUUUGGAUGGAGCCUCACCUCAGUGCCUCACUUAAGAUGCAGUCUCCACGGAGUGUUAGACGUUAGGACUAUAUGCUCAGUGGUGAUGAAUUUGAACUCUGAACUGGGGGGAUUGGAGAUGUGCCUAAAUUCUAAAUUGGAAACUAGUUAUUUAUAUAACUAGUCCCGCUCGUCUUUUAAGGUUUUGUUGUUUAUUAUUUUCAAAUAUAUUGUGGUCUAUAAAAAGAAAA